AUGCCUCAGAAGUGGAUUUCUGCCCUGCUCCUACUGCAGAUCAAUUUCUGCUUCAGAUCUGGGAACUGUGGGAAAGUGUUGGUGUGGCCAAUGGAAUACAGUCACUGGAUGAAUUUAAAGAUAAUACUGGAUGAACUUGUACAGAGAGGACAUGAAGUCACUGUUCUCAGACCUUCAUCUUCCAUUUUUCUUGAUCCCAAAAAAGCUUCUGGUCUCAUAUAUGAAACAUUUCCUACAAAUUCCAAUAAUGAUGAAGUAGAAAAGUUUUUUACCCAGUGGGUGAAUAUGUGGACAUACGAUGUGCCAAAAUAUACAUGUUUGAGAUACUACCCAUCAUUGAACAAAAUGUUUGGGAAAUUUUCUGAUUUGUGGUUAAAGCUUUGUAGAGAAGUUGUUUCAAACAAACACCUUAUGGCAAAACUAAAGGAAUCCCAGUUUGAUGUGGUUCUUUCAGAUGCUGUUGGUCCCUGUGGUGAACUGAUAGCUGAGAUACUGCAGUUACCAUUUGUGUACAGUCUUCGCUUCGGUAAUGGCUAUGGAAUAGAAAAGUACAGUGCGGGACAACUCUUCCCUCCCUCUUAUGUACCUAUUAUUUUGUCAGGAUUAAGUGGUCAAAUGACAUUCAUGGAGAGAGUCGAAAAUAUGCUAUGUUUACUUUAUUUUGAUUUUUGGUUUGAGUCAUUUCCUGCUAAGAAUUGGGAUCCAUUUUUCAGUGAAAUUUUAGGUAAGUUAUGUGAGCUCAUCAGCAGUGUAAGGGUCCAACUUUCAUUGCUCGUUAAAGUCUUCUUAGGGACAAAUAUGCCUCUCAUGCUGAAAUGAUUUAAUGAAAUAAAACAGUGUCUAGCAUUCUCACUGAACACAUGAGAGAGCUUCUAUUACUGAUGAAAAUGAAACAGGUAGCAGCUCUGAUCCAGGGCAUUUUAGGAAGUAAUAAAGUUACAAAUUAAUGUGUAAAAGCUUUCUCCAAACAAUUCCAUAUUUAUUUUAUCAUAUCUUGCUUUGUUUUAUAGGACAAGGUACUACUCUUAUGUGAUGUUUGUAUGUGUGUUUUAUUAAUACUUGUGUUCACAUUGUAUGUAAGUGAAAAUACACAUGUGUGCUGUGCAAAUGAAGAUAGGAUGUCACAGUUCACUGUCUACUUCUAUCUCUUACUAAUUUAUUUAGUGAGACAAGGUCUUUUACUGAAUCAAGACUUUAACAUUUGACAGAGUGGCCUGAUCAAGAGCUCCAGGGACCCAAUCAACUUAGAUUCACAAGUAUAGUUGUGUGCCCUGUGUAUAGGUUUUAGGUACCUAUAAUUAAUUGGUAUAAUUGGCAUCCAUAGUAAGGUCCUGGUGCAGCUACAGCAAACAUUUUACCAGCUGAACAAGAUCACAUCCUAAGAUUGAUAAAUUUUAAAGAGAAAUAAAUUUAAUAAUUUCUAUGUUGUACAGCAUUUGGAAGAUUGUUUUGUCUUCUUAGAAUCUGUUUUUCCUUAAAAUUAAAAUGUUGAUUAUUUACUUUCUAAAGUAUUCCAUCUUUUAAUAUAUGCUGAGGCUUUAAUGAUAUUUUAACCCCUCAAGGCACACUCUAUAGAAUUAUGUCCAAGUCUAUUUUAAAGAAUUGUUCUCCUGAAGCUUGAACCCAAAAUGUAUCUGUUCUGUAUUGUCUGCAGUUUCAGUUUCCUCCUUGGGUAAGAAAGCUUUACUUAAGCAAGAAAAAAAAUCUAAUUCUCAUAAUUUCUUAAAACUUUCCAGGUAAAAUUUGUAAAUAUUUCUACAAGGAAAUGUAUAUUAUUACACUGAUUGCAUGAAGUAAAAGUAGGGUUAGGUGUCAGAAUUCUUCCAGGCAUUACCCUCAGAAUUCUCUUAGAAAACUGAGAGUCAAGAGAUAGCUUGUUUGUUGUAGAAACUAACUUGAAUCAUAGAAAGAUUUUAACCAUGGUUAUGCUGAGGUAGCUUUACUCUAGAGGUACAAUGUCCUCUAUAUUUCCAUCUAUUCUUCUGAAGUCUUAGAGGAGCAAAAUGCAUGGCUGAUACAUAGACACUCAGCAGAUUCCAUGAAAACAGGAUUGCUGAAUUACUGAGGUGACAUUAGCAUUUCAUCUGAGUUUUCCUUUAACAAGCAUAUAUUAAGUAAACAAAAAAUAAAUUACUCUCUAAAUAAUUAUACAUUAAUAAAUAUAAUUGUUUCAUAAGUGCACACUUUGUUUCUUUGAGUAAUAUUAUUUCAACACUUUUCAGACAUGUUAUUCACAUGGCAAUACUUUCAUUAUCAUUUGCUUCUUCAACCCCCACUCAUCAUUCCAUUUAGGAAGACCCACAACUAUGGUUGACACAAUGAAGAAAGCAGAAAUGUGUCUCAUUCGGUCCUACUGGGAUUUGGAAUUUCCUCGCCCAUCCUUGCCAAACAUUGAGUUUGUUGGAGGACUCCACUGCCAACCUGCCAAACCAUUACCUAAGGUAAAUAGAAUCUUUGAAUUGUGUUUUUUUUGUUUCAUUUCAACUGGCUCUACAAUAUACUUUUAAUUUUGUUCCAGGAGAGAGAAUUGUUUGUAAGAAAAAGCAUCUGGUCAAAUAGAACACCAAUUUAAAACAGUCACAUAUGUAAGCAUUUCCUUCAAUUUAUGAAGUAACAGGAGAACGAUGGGAAGACAACUUAAUUCAAUGAUCUAAAAAUUGAUGCUCUUCCUUCCUACAAAAACUGCAAAAUGAUUAGUGUACACCCAAAUAGAUUCCUGACAAACAAAGGAACAGCAUAAAGUUAUCUCUGCCCAAACCACAAUAUCUAAUAAUUCAUUAAUAAACAUUGAUUAGAAUAUAUUUAAAAGAAAUGAUUAUAAUAUAAAUAGAUUAUUUAAGAAAAAUAAAAAACAAAUUCUAAACUCAUUGAUUUAAAUAAACACUAACAUAUGAAGAGAAGUCAAAUGACACAGCUAAGAAAUAUACAAGAAAAUAAGCCACUAGAUUAUUUAGAGCAAGAUCUAGGACCUGAAAGUAUGAUGUGUGCUAACCAGGGGAUUUUGACAAACAGAUCAUACAAAACUUCACAAUAGAACACAGAGAAAGAAAGUAAACUAAGAGGUAAGAUCACAUUUCCUUUAAAAUUGAAAACAAAUCAUCUCUACAAGAUGCAGUUCCCAGUUGUAUUGCACAGGGGCAAGUCAGGAAAUAAGGAACCUAUAGGAGGCUAAUGUUGCAGUCCCAAUAGCAAAGAAGACAAAUCUAGAAUAAAAUACUGACAGAUCUCAGUACAUCUAACCAUAGUCUAAUACUACCAAGAUAAUAUGGUGUUUGGAAAAUUGAAAUGAGUAAAACUAAAUAUCUCAGGUUUUUAGUGGCUAAUGCUAAGUUAAUGAUGAGUAUUUUCAUCACUGUUAUUUUUGUUGUUACUGUUAAAAUGUGGUAGCAUUGCUGACAGAACAAGGUACAAUGGCAAAUGAGAUUUGCUGGUCAUGACUGCAGAGGUUUCAAGACUCAGCUCAGUUAGUUCUGGUCCUGGGGUAGGAUAGACCAUAUUGGGGGAAGAUGUAUGUAUAAGGAUCUGUUUGAACCAUGAAGAACAGGAAAUAGAAACUUGGUUGGUGUCCCCCAAAACAGAAAGCCAGUUGCAUGAUGUAAUUAAGUACACUUCACUUCUUAAAGUUUUCAAAAACUUCCCCAAAGUGUACCAUAACCAGGAACCACAGGAUUACCACUUAGUGUACAGGAGGACACUUGCAUUCAACCUAAUUGUUUUACUAAAACUAGUAAGUAUCUUAUAUUUAAAGAAACAAAUUCAUCUUGCUCAAUAAUAAUGAAGAUUUCAACACUCUUAGCAUCCUAAAAUUACAAAUGCCAUUCAUAAUUAUAAAAUAAAUGUAUACAUUUUGACAAGAGGACAAAGGUGUAAACUAAAAUGUAUCUGUGUCAAGAUUCUUCAAUGGUUUUCUAGCUUAAAGAGAAAGGCAUUCCUCAAUAUCAUGAAUGUUUGCCUUCAAUGAUAUUUAAGAAACACUCAACAUUUCCUUGCUUUUAGUUCACUAAUUAAUGUACUCCUGACCUUAGAUCUCAGAUUUUUGUAGCAUGGGGAAUAAAAGGGAUACUUUAUGCUAUUGAUGCAGAGUAUUUUUGUUUGUCUUUCAUUAAUUUUUAUUAUCUCUCUUAUACACACACACACAUACACACACCCACACACACACCAUACCUAUAUGCAGAAAAACAUAUAAAACAAUAUUCGCAUCCACUGAGUCUUGCCCAUAUGUACACAUAUGUACACAUUUUAAGGGGCAGAUCUCUUGGUACUGGGUACACAGUUUAGUGCUCAUCUCUGGGGAAGACUGAUAUUGCUUUUUCUGUCUUCUGACAGACUACAAGAGAUCCCUAAAGCUCUUUGUAAAAGCUGGUCCCUGACAUCACCUGCCAGAAUAACCAUAGAAGAAUACAUAUAAAACACAUGAGCACUUGCUUAUGAAAACAGGAAACACAUUUAAAUUACCCAGUCAUUAUACCAUUAUAUCUGUUAUGAAAUGAACAUCACAGUUGUAAGACAGAAACAAGAUUGCUUUAAUGGCUCUUUCCUCUGUCUCUCUUCUCUGCUCUCUUGCCCUCUUUCUCUUUGCCCUUCCUCUCUGCAUUUCCUUCCCCAUUCCCUCCACAUGCUUAUGGCUGACCUCUAUUCCUCUCCUUUUCUACACUUCUUCUACCAUUAAACCUCUCCAGGAAAUAAAAAAGAUUUCUUUAAUGACAUAUAAUAUGAUACUCAAUGAGUACUUGUAAUUUUAUAUUACUAACAACAUUGAAAAUCAAAAUAUUUUUCAUUUAUUUUUAAUUUGAAAGUAUGUGCGUGCCUAUAUACCACUGGGUGUACAAGCAUUGAAGAGGGAUUCCUGGCACAUGUACAAAUCCAUGAGUAUGCUCUCUCUCCUAGCUUGUGAAUUACAGAUUGAGGCCACCAAGGUUGACAACAAAAAUACUACCAACUGAGCUAUCUCACUGGCCAAUGAAACACUCUUUAAUGAUUCCUUUCCAAAUAAACAUUGAAUGUUAAUCAUUUAGGCUAUGCACAGUAAUUUCCCAUGAUCAAAGGACAAUCCCAUGUGCAUACAAGUUUUGCACAUUUUAUCCAGUACUUGAAAGAUUUGUCAACCUCCAUAGAGAAGCAUGUAGUGUUCUUAAGAUUAGAACAAGGGAAAGAAGACAAUGAAAAUGUGUUCAACAAUAUAAUAAUCAUAAUUGGUAAUGAUAACUGUGGUAAUUACAUUUCAAAAACAAGAUUGUAACCUAAAUUAUAUAUUAUAAAAUUUAUCAUUCUGUGUUAAAAUUUCUCUAUUCAGACUGGAAUGAUGACUCAGCAGGCAAAUGACUAGCCUAAAAGCCUGACGCACUUAGUUUCAUUCAGGGAAAUAAACACAAAAGGAGGAAGGACACUGGCAACAGCCCCAGCAGAUAGGCAGGUUUCAGCAGAAGAGAUAAGAAACUAGCAGAGGGUAUUAUGGAUGAAUGAGACAGAGACUAGGGAUUGGAGAAUCUUGCAUAUCUGACUGAGUAGAAUGUUUCUUUAUUUAUACAAAUUCCACAAAAGAAGCAAAUUUACUAUUUUAAAAGAAAUACUGUUCAUAAUCAUCUUGUCCCUGGACAAGUGUGAAAAGAACAGAGAGAAUAAGUAAUAACAAUCUCAAAUCAUUUUGGAGUACAUGACCAUUUAUGACAUUCUUCUGAAAGAGAAACACCAAGCAGAUAAGAAAUUAUCUGAGUCAUUCAAAGCGAGUUCUCAAGCCUUGAACAAGGUGUAGUGGUUGAAGUACAAGUUGUGAGUUGGCCUGGCUUAAAAGUUUGAAAGCUUUGCCAAGCUGCAAGUUGACAUUUUCUAUUCAUUUGUUUUCUAGUUAAAUGACCUCACUAUAAAAGUGUGAACUCAUGAAUGACAAAUUCUUAUAUUUCUCUUAUGUCAAUUUUAUUAUUUAAUAUAUACUAUAUAUUAUAUAUAUACUACAUACAUAAUCAAGGGUAGUUUUAAGCAAACUACCUUUGUUAUUAAAUUUUUAUUUUCUGGGAACAAUGUCUGUAGACUACAUGUGAGAGGAAGCCUGCAUUCUUAUCUGUACACAAAUCUCUUAUUUUUAAGUUGUUAAGAGGUAGAUGUGCCAAGAGAACUCUAGAGCGAUCCAACUUUUCGUGCUGUUCAUAUUCUCCAUGGCAAGAAAGACUCCUGAGUAGGGGUAGAUAAGGUUAUUCCUGUGAGAAGAGAAAUAAUUUUCUAGGAAAAAGACAUAAAUGAAUCCUAAUGUAUAAAGUCCUCCACAAAUGUGGCACAUAGAGAUCAGAAACCCAGGAUGAAAACAAGCACAAUAGUCAAAGCAGUAACUGGCUCAGCUUUGUUCAACUGUGUCAGAGAGCCGUGCUGGCUCCAUGAGUCUCUGUUUAACACUGCUGAAGCUUGCCUUUAUCUUCUGCCAUUCUCUUGGUUGCUGUUUAUAUUCUCUCUCUCUCUCUCUCUCUCUCUCUCCCUCUAUCUCUCACACACACAAACACACACACACAUAUAUAUAUAUGUACAUAUAUAUAAUGCUCUCUCAAUAAAAGUACAUGUUAGAAUUAAUAUUUUUGCCUUCCACAAUUCCCUGUUUUUCUAUAGCUUACCAAAUUUUCUUGUGACUUAUUUCCUUUAAAAAUAGGAAAUCAGAAGCUAGAGAGAUGACUCAACUAUUAAAGAUCACUGGCUGUUCUUCCAGAGGACCUGGGUUCAGUUC